AUGAGCAACCUAGAAAAAACGCUAUUUCAGCUCAAGUUUACCGCGAAGACUCUCAAUCGACAAGCUAAGAAGGCCCAGAAGGACGAGAACUCAGAGAAGAGUCGCCUGAAGAAGGCGCUACAGCAAGGGAACAACGAUGGCGCACGAAUCUACGCUGCGAAUGCCAUAAGGAAGAAGUCAGAGGCCCUCAAUCUCCUCAGGCUAUCAAGUCGCAUCGAUGCGGUUGCCAGCCGCGUCGAGACUGCAGUAACGAUGCGACAAGUCACUGGCAACAUGACGUCGGUUGUGCGGGGGAUGGAUAAGGCCAUGGAAAGCAUGAACCUCGAACGAAUUUCAGUCGUCAUGGACAAAUUCGAAUCACAAUUCGCGGAUAUGGACGUUCAAACAUCGUACAUGGAGGACGCUAUGUCUGCGACCACCGCAGUCUCUACACCACAGGAUCAGAUAGAUCAGCUCCUACGCCAGACCGCUGAAGAGGCCAAUAUCGAGCUGCAGCACGAUCUCCAGGCCAGAGACUUGGAGGCUGUUCCUGAUCUAGCUGUGAAGGACAAGAUCGGCCAGGAGGAUGACAAGUUGGCGGAACGUCUGCGAGCAUUGCGGCCUGCGACGUAA